CACCGUUAUCUCAACUUCCACCAUAUCCGAAAGCCACUGGUUUUUGAUUUGUGGGAAAAAGGGAGAAUAGAAACAAGAAGAUGCCCACUUUGAAUAUUUUCACGAACAUACCAGUCGACGCCGUCACUUGCUCCGACAUCCUCAAGGACGCUACUAAGGCCGUCGCUAAGAUCAUCGGCAAACCUGAAUCCGUAUUUAACUUUGUUCCCCCUCUGUUCCCGCCAUUUCUACGCAAUAUUCAUGAAUCGUAUGUGAUGAUACUGCUUAAUAGUGGAGUGCCCAUUGCAUUUGCUGGUACAGAGGAACCCGCUGCAUAUGGAGAAUUAAUAUCUAUUGGGGGAUUAGGACCAGGUGUAAACGGGAAGCUUAGCGAGACGAUAUCUGAGAUUCUCCAGAUUAAGCUCUCUAUUGAUAGCUCCAGAUUUUAUAUCAAAUUCUACGAUUCCCCGCGACCCUUCUUUGGUUACAACGGAUCAACAUUCUGAAACAUGGAGCGAAUUCAACCUUGUGAUGAAGCUUGGGUUACAACUGUUUGCUUAUUGAUUUCAAAAGCUGUAGAUCUUAAAGCUCUCAUUUUUAAAAUUUAUAUUCCCUUAAAAAGCCAAUUGCUCAUGUUCAAUCAAAUAGUUUUUGGGACUAGUUGUAAGUUGUUCAUACCACCAGAGCAAAUUGUACCCAUUGUAGUAGCACAGUCCCAUUCUCAGUACUUGUAAAAAAAAAUAAAGAUUGUUUGUCAAUCCACUUUCUGAUAUCA